GACUGGCGGAGCGGGCCGGCGCGCACGUGGCGCGGCGGGGGGCGGUGCUCGGCGCCGGCCCGACCCGCCUCUCCGCCCUCCCCGGCGCGGCCCCUCCGCCCUUAUAGCGGCGGGGGCGGGGGCGGCGGCACUCGGCCGGCGGCGGCACGCGCAGAUCUUUGAACCCCAACUGAGUCAUUGUCAACUUGGUUCAAGAUGCCACCGGCCAUUGGAGGCCCUGUGGGGUACACACCUCCCGAAGGAGGAUGGGGAUGGGCCGUGGUCGUCGGAGCCUUCAUCUCCAUUGGGUUUUCCUAUGCCUUCCCCAAGUCCAUCACCGUGUUCUUCAAAGAGAUUGAGGUCAUCUUCAAUGCGUCCAGCAGCAAAGUCUCCUGGAUCUCCUCCAUCAUGCUGGCUGUUAUGUACGCAGGAGGUCCCAUCAGCAGCAUCCUGGUGAACAAAUACGGCAGCCGGCCCAUCAUGAUCGCUGGCGGCUGCCUCUCCGGCUCCGGGUUGAUUGCAGCCUCUUUCUGCAACACGGUGGAGGAGCUCUACUUCUGUGUUGGGGUCGUAGGGGGCCUUGGACUCGCGUUUAACUUGAACCCAGCCUUAACCAUGAUCGGCAAGUACUUCUUCAAGAGGCGUCCCCUGGCUAAUGGGCUGGCGAUGGCAGGCAGCCCUGUGUUCCUGUCCACCCUGGCACCCCUGAACCAGCAGUUCUUUGGCAUGUUUGGCUGGCGUGGCAGCUUCCUCAUCCUCGGUGGUCUCUUGCUGAACUGCUGCGUUGCUGGAUCCCUGAUGCGGCCCAUAGGUCCCAAGCCGGAUCAGGCGAAGAAAGAGGCCUCUAAGGAGGUGCUGCAGGAAGCUGGAAAGGUGGUGAAAAAGGAUGAUAGUGACACCAGUGCAGACCUCAUUGGGAAGACCAAGAAAGAGAAAACCUCACUUUUCCAGACGAUGAACAAGUUCUUGGACCUGUCCCUGUUCAAACACAGAGGCUUCCUGCUCUAUCUGUCAGGCAACAUGAUCAUGUUCUUUGGGCUGUUCACUCCCUUGGUCUUCCUCAGCAAUUAUGCAAAGAGCAAGAAGAUUGCUAGUGAGUCUGCAGCCUUCCUGCUCUCCAUCCUGGCCUUUGUAGACAUGGUGGCCAGACCUUCCAUGGGACUGGUGGCAAACACUAAAUGGAUCAGACCCAGAAUCCAGUAUUUCUUUGCCGUCGCUGUGAUUUACAACGGGGUGUGCCACGUCUUGGUCCCCAUGUCCACUAGCUAUGUUGGCUUCUGCAUUUACGCUGGCUUCUUUGGCUUUGCCUUCGGCUGGCUGAGCUCAGUCCUCUUUGAGACCCUGAUGGACCUGGUGGGAGCACAGCGGUUCUCCAGCGCUGUCGGCCUGGUGACCAUCGUGGAGUGCUGCCCCGUGCUCCUGGGACCCCCCCUGCUAGGGAAGCUCAAUGACAUGUACGGUGACUACAAGUACACAUACUGGGCCUGUGGGAUCAUCCUCAUCAUUGCUGGGAUCUACCUCUUCAUUGGGAUGGGCAUCAACUACCGCCUGGUGGCAAAGGAGCAGCAGGCAGCGGAGAAAUCGAAGAAGGAAGGGAAGGAGGAAGAGACCAAUGUCGACGAGGCUGCAAAGCAGAAAGAGGCAAACAACGAUGUGGCCCCUGCGCCUCAGAAGAGUGCGGAGGAUGGUGUCAAAGAGGAGGAGAGCCGCAUGUGAGGGACCUGUCUGCAUCCCGAAGUGUUGGGGAAGCGCCGUUGCCCUGGCGCAGGGCUGGGGCAGUGCUCUGCAAGCGCUGGGCAGCUGUGAGAAGUGUUUAAACCAGGUGUUCAUUUUUAACCGGGCUCUGAACUGUCUUUCCAUCUGUGUUCAACAAAGGUAACAGGGCUGCACACACAGUAUCCUUGUGUGUUGGGGGACAGGGGAGCUUUUUAUAGUCUGGCUUUUUAACAGUAACAUGAAUGUACUAAUAUGUGCCUUACAGUCUUCAUAUCUGCUGAAUUUGAACGAGCCUUAACUAAACCGUGCUUUAGCUCUGUAUUCUGCUUGGGGUGGGGGUGGGUGGGUGUGUUUGCAUGUGUUUUGGGGGGAGUUUUGUUGUUAAAAAGCCAUAAAAAGCAGGAUACUGGAUUUGUUGAAGCACGAUGGGCUUCAGGGCCAGCCCCAGAUGAAUACUGCUUCACACGCUUCUUACCGCAGGCCCUCGGCGGAGAGGAGGCACGGGGCAGGGUUGUCCUCUGCCCUCGUGCUGGGUGCCUCCUGGCUCUGUAGGUGGUCUUUAGGUAUGUUUUGAAACAGUUUAGCUACUGUAGUUCUUUAAAAGUUCCUCUUUUCUAGUUGUACUCUCACGGGAUAUUUGGGUUGGAGAAGGAUGGCUGUGGUUCAGGUUGGACAGCAUCUCCUGCUCCGGGGCUGUAGCAGCCCGUGUGCCCAGCCCCUGCAGCCGAGUCCCUGUGGGUUGGGCUGGUGUCCCCCCCUUCCCCCCCGACUCUGCCCUGGCUGUGCCUUUUUUCAACCCAUUGCUGGGUGAUAUGAAAUGGGUGCCAACAUGGGGGCUCGGCAGUGCCAGGUUGGGGUGCUGCCCUCGGUCCCCCAAUGGGGUGGGUUUGCACCAGCACAUCCCUGUGCUGAUCAGUCCCACCGCAAUGGGUGUUUCAGGUGCCUGAUGCUGGGCAGAGCUGAGGGGCUGGGUGGGAUGGGUGGAAAUGGUGCAUCCCUGAGACAGGCCUUCUGCUUUCGCUCUUUUAUCUCUUAGAGAAACCUCUUUUACUUCUGUUCAACUGAGAUCUUAAGGUGGUGGAUGCCUAACCACUCACAUCCUAGGACAUGUAAGGGGGAGGAAAGAGUUUGUAUGUAUUUAUUUUUUAUUUUUUAGUGCUGGAAAAUAUCCCAAUAUACGUGGAGCAGGUUAAAGGCUCUCAAGUUCUAGUUAAUGUUGAUCAGAAAUUGUUGAAGAGGCUGAGGUUUUUUGUUUGUUUUUUUUUUUUUUCAAAUAAACUUGUUUUUUUACAGUU